AUGUAAUUCAGUAAAAUGCUAUUCGAAUCAAAAUAAAUAAGUUCAAUUAAUCAAUCAUCCAUAUAGAUGUCUUUAGAUCUUCUGUAGUGGAGAACACCUGAAUUUUCAGUUUUAAAGCUAGGCAGGUAAUAUUCACGAUCAUCAAGACUAAGAUUAGGUCUUUCCUACUCAUCAUCAAACUAGUAGUCUUCGUUUGAUUUACGAGGUUCGCAGAAGGUCUUUACAAUAUCUUAAAAGGUAUCUUAUAGAGUAUUCAUGUAAGCUAAUAGCAUUUUUGUAUCAAAACCAAUAAUUUUUAUCAUUUAUAAGUGUUAGUGA